AUGCUGGGACUCAGUUCCUGUGCUUUUGCUGCUGAUGAUAUGUCUCCUCCUCCAACUCGGAAGCAUGAUGUGUUCCUCAGCUUCCGAGGGGAGGACACACGUGACAACUUCAUCAGUCAUCUUUAUGCUGAACUAGGCAGGAAAAAGAUUGAAACAUUUAUGGAUCACAAACUCGCUAGAGGCCAAGAGAUUUCUCCAGCACUCUACAAAGCAAUUGAAGAAUCAAUGAUUUAUGUUGUCAUUUUGUCCAAGAACUAUGCUUCCUCCACUUGGUGUUUAGACGAACUCGCCAAAAUACUCGAAUGUAAAGAUAGAUACGGAAGGGAUGUGAUACCAAUCUUCUACGAGGUGGAUUCAUCAGAUGUGAGGAAUCAAAGACAGAGCUAUGCAGAAGCUUUUGUUAAGCAUCAACGUCGAUUUAAGGAUCAUCAACUGGAUGCAUGGAAAGCUGCUCUAACCCAAGUAGCUGGACUCUCUGGUUGGGAUUCAAAAGUCACCAGACCAGAAAACAGGCUUAUUGAAGAAAUUGUGAAAGAUAUUUCAAGAAAAUUGAAUUUGAAUCACUCUUUCUUGAACGAUUAUCAGGGUAUGAUUGGAAUUGAGAAGCAUAUUGAACAAAUACAAUCUUUGUUGCACCUUGAGUCAGAAGACUUUAGAGUUGUAGGAAUUUGGGGUAUGGGAGGAAUAGGCAAAACAACAAUUGCUAGAGCAAUAUAUCACAAACUGGCAACUAAUUUCAGUUCAAGGAGUAUUAUUCUAAAUGUUGGACAAGAAGUAGAAAGAGCUGGAGUAUACCAUGUGAAAAACAAAUACAUAUCAGAGCUUCUAGGGGAAGACAGCACAUCCUCUGGAUUAAGUCUCAAAAGUACAAAGGCUCUCCUUGUUCUUGAUGAUGUGAGUCAUUCAAAUCAAGUUAAAGAUUUAAUUGGAACCUGCAGUAACUUCGGGGAGGGUACUAGAAUCAUUGUGACUAGUAGAGACAUGCAGGUACUAAAGAACGCCGAAGCUAGUGAGAUAUAUGAAGUUAAAGAGAUGAGUUUUAAAGAUUCUCUACAACUCUUCAGUUUAAAUGCCUUUAAACAAAACUAUCCCGUAGAACCUUAUGUCGACUUAUCAAAAAAGGUAUUAAACUAUGCUAAAGGGGUUCCAUUAGCUCUGGAAGUUUUAGGCUCCUUGCUUUACUCCAGAAGAACAGAGGAAGCAUGGGAAAGUCAGUUAAAGAAGCUGGAAAAGCUACCCAAUGAUAACAUUUUCAAAAUGUUGAAAUUAAGUUAUGAAGGGUUGGACGAAGAAGAGAAGGAUAUAUUUCUUGACAUAGCUUGUUUCUAUAGAGGAUAUUCGGAGAAUGUUGUGGCACUAACACUGGAUAGUUGUGGUUUCUCAGCACUUAUUGGAAUGGAAGUUCUCAAAGAUAGGGGCCUUAUAUCUGUUUUAGAAGGUAGAAUUGUGAUGCACAAUCUAAUACAGGAAAUGGGACACGAAAUUGUUCGUCAACAAUGUAUCGAGGAUCCUGGAAAACGUAGUCGAUUAUGGAAGCAUGAGGAAAUUUAUAAAGUUUUAAAAAACAACAAGGGGACGGAUGCAAUCCGGUGUAUGUUUCUGAACGUAUGCAAGAUAGAAAAAGUUCAACUACAUGCUGAAACAUUCAAAAUGAUGGAUAAUCUUAGAAUGAUUGUGUUUUAUAACCCUUAUGACUUUACAAAAGACUCAAAUGUGAUCCUUCCUACGUGUCUUGAAAGUCUUCCAGAUGAUUUAAAGUUUCUUCGUUGGGAUGGCUUCCCUCAAAAAUCUUUUCCACUGGACUUUUCCCCCAAAAAUCUCGUUAAACUCGAUAUGCCACAUAGCCAUCUUACACAACUUUGGCAGGGUGAUAAGGUUUUACCAAAUUUGAAAAUACUUGACCUUCGUGGUUCUCAGGCCCUGAUUCAAAUACCAGACCUCGCUCAAUGCCCAAACAUUGAAGAAGUGAUCCUUAGUCAUUGCAAAAAGUUGGGCCAAGUUUACUCCUCUAGUUUCCUGUGCAAGCUCAAAUGUUUAUGGUUAAAUGGUUGUAUUAGCCUUAGGAGUUUACACAUUCCUAGCAAUAUUCUCCUGACAACUUCUGGAUUAAUAGUGCUCCAUGGCUGUCGCGAUCUUGAGAUGUUUUCAGUUGGUAAUGCAAAAAUGGGGGUUCAACUACACGGUCAUACGGUCAGCAGGCACAGAAACAUUUUUACUGCCCUAAAACUAAGAGAAAAGCGAUCAAGGUCCCCUUACGAGAAAUUCUCAAAUUCUUUUGACCUCUUAGAUUGUCUUAAGUUAAAUACAGAACCAAAACAUUAUAUGCAAUUACUAAAAUUAGAAGUGUUGAGAAAAGAGUCGCCCUCAUUAUUUCCGAGUCUUAAUGAGCUUUGUUGGUUAGAUCUCUCGUACUGUCAAUUCCUCUUGAGCCUUCCAACUGAAAUCUUCAAGUUAAAAUUUUUAAAAAGACUUUACCUUCGCGGUUGCUUUAACUUUGAAGAUUUUGGUGAGAUUAAGGAGACUGUAGAAAGUUUAAUGUUGCUUGUCUUAGACGAAACAGCAAUCAAGGAACUACCUUCAUCGUUGCACCAUUUGGUUGGACUUGAAGAAUUGAGCUUGCGGUAUUGUCGGAAGCUUGAGAUGAUUCCAUCUUCCAUUGGAAGUCUUGGCAAACUCAGCAAGUUAGAUCUUAUCGGUUGUGAAUCACUUGAAACUUUUCCAAGCAGUAUUUUCAAAUUGAAGUUGACAAAACUUGAUUUACAUUGUUGCUUAAUGCUGAAAACCUUCCCAGAGAUCUUGGAGCCUGCAGAAACUUUUGUUCACAUUAAUCUAACAAAAACAGCAAUAAAGGAACUGCCUUCAUCCAUGGAGUAUUUGGUCAGGCUUCAAACAUUGUGCCUGAACAUGUGCACUAAUCUGGUGUCAUUGCCAAACAGCAUUGUGAAUCUAAACUAUCUAUCUGAACUCGACUGUUCUGGCUGUCACAGUUUAACAGAAAUCCCAAAUAAUAUUGGUAGUUUCUCAUCAUUGAGGGAACUUUCACUGCAAGAAAGCAGUAUUGUGAACCUUCCUGAGAGCAUAGCUCAUCUCUCAAGUUUAAAAUCACUUGAUUUAAGUGAUUGCAAAAAUCUUGCAUGUAUGCCACCACUACCCCCAUCCUUGAACCAGUUGUUUGGGUAUGAUUGCCCCACCCUUGGAAGAAUGAUGACAAAUUCCAAAAAGGAUACCUUCAAAUUUCAUUUCUUCAAUAGUCAAGAACUGGAUGAAACUGCUUGCAGUAAUAUUGGGGCUGAAUCAUGGCUUAGGAUCACCGAGGAUGCAUAUCGGCCUUUGUUCUUCUGUUUUCCAGGGAGUGCAGUUCCUGGCUGGUUCCCUUAUCGUUGUACUGGACGUCCGGUAACCAUGAAAAGAGAUUCUCAAGAUUGGCCUAGUAAUAAUAGGCUUGUUGGUUUUGCCCUGAGUGUCGUUUUGGGACGUGUGGAUAUUGAUGAUACAAUACCGAUUUGCAGCAGCUUUACAUACACAUUAACAUAUGAAUCUGAUGGCCGGACACACAUUGUCCAUAAUUUUAACGAGAUAAACUACUAUUUCCAUACGAAGGGUCGAAGUAGGUCAGUCGUCCAAAAUCACAUAUUCAUGUGGAAAUAUCACUUGAACUUAUCAAGCAUUGGCAACAGGCUCUUAGAUGCCCACAACUUCACUUUUGGGUGCAGCAAACUUGAAUAUCUCUCAUCUUCUAAAUCAAGUGUCAUAGUGAAAGAGUAUGGAAUAUGUCCUCUUUAUAGAAAAGAAAAGGAUGAAAAUGGUGGUAAUAGUUUAAGACAUUGA